AUGAAGCUUCUACGAGUUGCAGCCGUGCUGCUCUGUGCCUAUGGCACUCAUUCCCUUCCAACCAACACUGGGUUGGUUGAACGCCAGUCUGGAUCGAAGAUUGCAACUGCUCACUUUAUGUUGGGUAUUACUGGUGGCUAUACCGCCGCCAACUGGCAAGAGGAUAUCAAUGCUGCCAAGGCCAUUGGAAUCGAUGCCUUUGCAUUGAAUAUUGCUCGAGUAGCCGUUGAUGCUUUCACCCCAACCCAGUUGGCUCUUGCUUAUAGUGAGGCUCAAAGCUUGAACUUCAAGUUAUAUAUCUCUUUCGACUUUGCUUGGUUUGCACCGGAUAGCAGCUCUGUGUCGGAAAUCGUCGGAAUUUUGCAGACUUACGCUGCUCACCCAGCUGCUCUCAAGCAUAACAACAAGGCUGUCGUUACUACUUUCAUUGGCGAUGGUUUCGGCAAUAACUGGAAUACCGUCAGAAGCCAAGUCUCUACAUCUUUGGAGAUUCUUCCAAAUUGGCAACCGCCAAAUGUUCAGAACAAUGCUGCUGUCGACGGUGCCUUCUCUUGGGUCGCUUGGCCAAACAGCAACAACAAUCCUAUUGCUGGUCCCAUGACUACCGCUUCGGAUACUGCUUAUCUAUCUGCUUUGGCCGGAAAGGUCUACAUGGCCCCUGUCUCUCCAUGGUUCUUUACCCACUUCGACUUCAGCUCUUGGCAAAAGAACUGGAUUUUCGCCAGUGAUGACCUCUAUGUGACUCGCUGGAACCAGAUUCUGUCUAUCGCCCCGCCUUUGAUCCAAAUUGUUACCUGGAAUGAUUUCGGUGAAUCUUCUUACAUUGGACCAUACAACGCUGGACAUAGCGAUGAUGGCUCUAGUCAAUGGGCCGCUGGGUUCCCACAUGAUGCCUGGCGUACUUUGAGCAAACCUUACAUCACUGCUUAUAAGGCCGGUGCUAGCAGCCCUACUGUUACCGAAGAAAAACUCGUCUACUGGUAUCGCCCACACCCUAAGGGACUUACUUGCUCUGAUCCCCUUGCCAAACCUACUGGCUGGGACUUCGCUCAGGACAAGAUCUUUGUCGCCACAUUGCUCACCUCACCCGCUCAAUUGAUUGUUAAAUCUGGUGGCAAUUCCGAGGUUACAAUCAACGUUGGUGCCGGUAUCGUUCUCUCGUCUGUCGACAUGGCCACUGGUACUCAGAGCUUCAAGCUCCGCCGUAACAACUGCGACAUUAUCUCCGGCAACGGUGGUAUCCAGGUCGCUUCCACCUGUGCCCGUUACAACUUCAACGCCUACGUGGGCGAAUUCACACCAUCAACUGGUACGUGUACGACUACUACCACUACUCGCUCCACAACCACCACUACCCGCUCCACCACUACCACUACCGCAAGCCCAACUCCUACUCCAGCUAGCGUCUGCAACCACGGCGAAGGCGAUGGGAAUUUCGCGGGCCUCUGUGAUUUCUCGUGCUACUUCGGGUACUGCCCAUCUGGAGUCUGCCGAUGCACUUCCUGGGGAGCGCCAAAUACCCCACCACCAACGACUGGCCAGAACGGAGUCCCAUUGCCUGGGUUGGGAGAUGGGUACUCGGGACUUUGCAGCUUUGCUUGUAAUCACGGCUACUGUCCUCCAACUGCUUAUCUGUGUACCCCUCCUACCAGCAGUAGUACGACUACUGUGCCUUCAACGAGUUCAACUACUACCACGACUACAACGACAACCUCUACCAGUCAGACAACUACUAGUAGCACUAAGACGACUGCUGCUUCAACGAAGACUACGACUGUGAUUUCGUCUCCUACGACAACUCCGGCGACGACUAAGAAGACCACUUCGUCACAGAAGACAACCACUACUUCGAAGAAGACUACUGCUGCUGCUACGACUUCAAAGAAGGCUACUACAACUUCAAAGAAGACUACUACAACUUCAAAGAAGACCACAACCCGUCCGACUACUACGAAGAAAAAGACAACUACUCGUAAGUCGACAACUCCGACGACUCGCAAGACAACUACAAGGACAAAGUCGAAGACUACCACUGCUAAGAAGUCUCCAACUCUUUGCACGUCGAAGCCAAAGCCUACUCCAAAGUAG